ACAUUCCACCUCAUAAAAACGCGAUCAGGAUCUCUCGCUCUCUUCCACACAGAUCAACGACCAUUGAGGUGGAAUUUGCAGCAUAGUCACUACCUUACACUCAAGUGGACCCGAUGUUUCAGCUCUCAACUCGGAAGCUGCAGAAACUUCCCCAUAGUGGCACGCAGCAAAUGGUCUCAGUCAAGAUUACUUGUCUCAGUAUGCGUCUGAAUUGGGCGCGGCUGGGCGGAAUGCGACGCAGGGUGACGCAUUUUCCUCCGGCAGAGCUGAUCAGUGUCAGGUGGUAUUUCAGUGGCAGGGUGGGUGUAUAAAGGGAGCGCGAGAUGAGAGCAGCCGCACUUCUGGUCACCGGUCCAGAGCUGAGGUUGGGCUUCAGAGGUCUCCCGCUUCGUCAGAAUUAGGUCUCCCUCUUCGUCAGAAUAAUGAAGAACAUUCUCCUUCUCGCUCUGGUGGCUGCUGUGGCCGCGGACAGCAGCUCCUCUUCAACCAGCGCCAGACAGGUAGCCGGGCCCUCUCUCUCGCGCUCUGGCUACGACUCCGGUGCCGACUACAACUCCUACUCGGGGGUCGACAUUGGCGCCCAGAACCGCCAGGGCUCCUACGGCCCGAGCACGUCCAUCAACUCCUACGGCAUCAACAGCGGUCUCUACGGCAGCAGCGGCUUCAUCGACCAAGGAUAUGGAGCUCCCAUCGGUCGGCGGAGCGGUCUGGCAUUCGGCGGCGUGGGCAACAUCGGCUUCAACGGCCUGAACCAGUACGGAUUCAACGGCCUGAACCAGUACGGAUUCAACGGCUUCAACCAGUACGGGCUCAACGGUCUGAAUCAGUACGGGCUCAACGGCUUGAACCAGUACGGAUUCAACGGCCUGGGUAACCUCGGCUUCAGCGGCCUGGGUAACUUCGGCUUCAACCGUCCCAUCGGCGGCCUCGGCUAUGGAGGUGGCUUCAACGGCCUGGGCAGUUUCGGCAUCGGCACUCUCGGCUUCCGCGGCCCCUUCCUCGGUGGUCGCUACGGCCGCGGCUUUGGCCGCCUUGGGCAUGGCCUGUUCAGGCGUCGUCCCUUCCACGGCUAUGGAUACAGCGGUAUUUAUUAAAACUUGCUAGAGAGCAUAGCCAAAAUAGGUUGUCCAGAUGGUGACACUUGCAUGUGCGCCGUGCGCAAUAAGAUUUCCCUGUCAAGCUUAUGUGUGACAAAGCUUUAAUGUCCCUCUUUCCGCUAGCGGUAUACGUGUGUGCGUGCGUGUGUUGAUAAAUUUCGUCCGCUGUUUUUGUUUAUCGUCAUGUGUGAUUGUUUGCGUGAAAGUGUAUUUAUUUGUUAGUUGUUGUUAAAAUGCAAUAAAAACGCAAAAUCAG